AUGGACAUAAACGCGUGUGGUACAUUUCGUGAACUUGAUGCACUUUUUAUCAAAUAUAUGGGCAAUGAGAACGAAUUUAACAAUGAAUAUGGAUCAUAUAAUGAGUAUUGCCCUGUAAAAAAUGGGCUUAGAAAAUGUGAAAAUGAUUAUGAAAAACUGACCGCAAUUUCUGGAUAUGCAUAUAAGGAAUUUUUGCAAAAUGAUAAUAUCGAUCUAGAAAGUGAAAAUGACCUAAGUGCUGAUUUUUUGGUCAUGGGAUUGUGUGAUAUAUUAUAUAAACUAUCAAAAGAUCCAAAUAUAUCUCUAAAAGAUUCAUUUGAGAAAUAUUUAGGUAAACCUAUAGGUAGUUUUAAUUAUUGGAACAUCUUACGUAAUAAAAAGUAUUUUAUUGGUUCUAACAUUGGUAUUAUGAAUGGGUUUUAUCUUUUAUUUAAGGAAAUGUGCGAAACAAUUAAUACAUAUGAAAAACCUGGUGUACAACAAUACCAAUACGUAAACGGUGCUACUCAAUGCUAUAUUAUGUAUGAAAAACUUUAUAAUGUUGUUAGUCGGUGUGGUCCGUAUCUUCGAUUAUUGGAUCAUUUUAAAACAAUAUAUAAUGGGUUUAUCGAUGCUGCUAUUAAAUACAAUAACUACGACGAAUCCUUACGUAGUAAGCUUAUAAAACUUUCAUCGAUAGAUACAACCAAGCUUGGAUAUGAAUUCAAUAGUAAAGGAUGCCAAAAGCUGCAUAAUAAGUUAGCUCAAACAACUCCAAAAAUUAUAACACUAGCAACUAAAAUGUUAAAGGAUGGUGGAAAAAGAAUGAACGAUGAAGGAUCUCAAAGUGCAGAAGAUAAUGAUGAUGAAGAUGAUGACAAUUUAGAUUUAGAUGAAGAAGAAGAUGGUUUUGAACUAGAUGAAGAAGAAGAUGAUUUUGAAUUAGAUGAUGAUUUGCAAAAUACCCUCCAAGAAACACCACCAGCACCUGCACCAGGGGCACAACAACAUACACAAUCAGCAUUAGAACCUGCAAAACCAGUAUCUACACCAUCUGGAACAUCAUCAAGCAUGCCUGGCAAUGGAAGUGAUACAACAGGAAGUAAAGAUAAAAUAGUAGACGGUACCCAAAGCCAAGAAAAUACUAAAGGGAGUGAACAAACAGAUACAAGUGGUGGCACAGAAAAUAAAGCGAAUCUCAAAAACGAUCCAAGUACUCAUCUCUUAACUUCAGAUACCAAUCAAGGAAAUUCAAAUGAUGGAUUGGUUGGUGGGACAGGAGAUACAAAUAAGGGAGCAUUAAAUAUAGGUGAUGGGCAAGAUGAUAAAGGAGGGCAAGUAGGUGGAUCAAAUGGUGAUCAAGUAAAUCAAAGAAGUUUAGGGAGUUCAGGAGAUGGAUCAGGCAGUGAUCCAGUAGAAAAAGGAUCUCAAAGUAUGUCAGGGGAUCCUGUUGAUACUGGGCAAUCCUUUUUUAGGAUCACAUUAAAAGGCAUAGACAAAUUAAAUACUGGUUUCAAGUUUUUUGAAAAACAUAAGAAAAAAAUUGUAGAGGCCAAAGAAACUAUUAAUAAUUUAUAUAAUACAUCUAUGUCUAAUAUAAAAACUGCUUACGAUAACUCUAGGAAAAUUUUAAAUAGCAUUAUUGAUAAUAUAAGUAAUCAACCUGAAAAAGUAAACAUGCCUUCUACAUUAGAUGGUAAUAAAUUAGGAUCAGGCGGCACAGGGGCCGGGCCACCCACACCUAAUAACUUACCAACGCCUCAAAAAGAUUCUCCUCAAAGUCCGCCAGGAACGCCACACAAUCUUAAGGAGCAAACUAGCGGGCCCCAAUUGCCUCAGGGCCCAUCUGGAAAACAAAAUUCUGAUCAAAACGAUCAAGGAGGAUCUAAAUUACCAGUGAUAUGUCCAGUGGUUAAACCAGGAAAUCCAGGAGCUGAAGUAAAAGGAAAUGGAGCAACAGGAAUGGGUGAUAUAUAUGUACUCAAAGAAUACAAACAAAUUGGAAUUUCAAUUAUAGUUCUUUUAAUACCCAUUGCUUUGGGUAUUAUGUAUAAGUAUUUGUCAUAUGGAUGGAGAAAAGAAUUGAAGAAAAAAAAAACCAUGAAAAAGGUUAUAAAUUCAAUUGGAGGAAAAAGACCGAUGCAAAUAAUUAUAACUUCAUCGAGUCAUAAAAAACAAACUAAAAAAUCUAUAAAUUCCGUUCAUAGGAAAAAACCUCCAUUAUUAAAUAUAUACAAACUUGUGCAGGCUGAUCCUAUACCAUUUAUUAAUUUAUUUUUUUUGUUAAUUUUUUUUGUCUAUAAAAGAAAAGACAAUUUUUUGGAAUUAUAA